CACAGGUCACAAUGGGCAGGAGAGGACAUAAGGGGUCCUUCAGGUGGUUUAGGCCUAGGUGGAGGCUUAGGUUUGGGAGGAGAGGAGCAGUACGAAUACAAUUGGCGGUGAGUUGUGGAAUCCAAAAGAGCAAAGGUUAUUGUGAACCAGUGUGUCAGGCUCAAGAGGAGGCCCCUCCCCACUCCAAGUGAAUACCAACAUCUGCAUGCCUCAACAUCUGUGCACUCUGACAUCUACUGGAACCCCAACAUCUACGUGCCUCGGCAUCUGCAAACCCUGACAUCUACUGGGGCCUGGAUCUCUUGCUUCUCCACAUCUGCACACUGUAGCAUCUACUGGGGCCUAACCUCUGUGGGCCUCCACAUCUGUGCACCCUGACAUCGACUGGGGUCCCAACAUCUGUGCACCUUGACAUCUAUUGGAGCCCUGACCUCUACUCCUCAACAUCUGCAUAUGGUAACAUCUACUGGGACCCUGGCAUCUGUGUACCCCAACAUCUCCAUUCUCUAGGCAGAGCGCAGUAUGGUGCAGAUACAAUAGUCUCUAGCACUGAGCAAUUGGUAAUUAGCACCCCCACCCUGUUCUCAGUUUCUCAGAGACAAAAAAGCCUGCAGAAGACCACUGCUAGCCCACUUGCUAGAGAAACCAGGGAAAGAGGACACCCUGCAAAGUGUGGUAAGGUGUGGAGGACCCCUAGGAGCUGUCGUGGCAAAAAAUAGCCAUGAACAGCCAAUUUAAGUUACCACAUUACACAGCCCAAAGCAGCCCUGCAAUGGGUAUGUUUAAUACCUCCAUGGGGAAACUGCAGCAACAACUGUACAAGGGGGAGUAUAGUAUAUUCAAGUAUGCACCAAUGUUUGAGAGUGACUUUAUACAGGUCAGCAAAAAAGGAGAAGUGAUUGAUGUGCACAACCGUGCCCGAAUGGUAACUGUGGGCAUCGUUCGCACCAGCCCCCACCUCACACUACCUGAUGUCAUGCUGCUGGCCCGACCAGCUGCUAUGUGUGAUGACUAUAACAGAUAUGGCCCUGCCACCCCGGAAAAAGGUUACAAGCCUACACAGAUCUUAGAGCUAACCAGGCUGCUUCCCUUGAAGUUUGUAACGAUAACCAUCCAUAAUGGUAAAAAGCAACAGCUCCACCUGAAGCUUGCCACUGGCCGCUCUUUUUACCUUCAGCUGUGUCCCCCUUCCAACACAAGAGAUCUUUUUGUCCACUGGGAAAACCUCGUUUACAUUCUGAGACCACCAGUAGAGGCUUACAGUGGUUCCCAGGCCAUCCCAGUUGGGAACACACUGGACAUAACUGGGUUUGAAGAGAAGAACAAGAGCCCAGGGGCAAAUGUCAUUCAUGUCUAUGGAAGGGAUCAAGAUCAAGUUGGCAUCAAGACUCUUCACAUGAACCCUACAGUGUUUGGGACCACCUAUUAUGGUUAUGCUGGGGAGGAAUGAAUUCAUCAAGCCUCCCACACAUACUGCAUUCAAGAGUUCACAUACUUCUGCAGUCACAAAGCCUAUAGCAUUUGAUAAAAGGGCAGGGAUGGCGACAGGAGCAGCCUUUACAGAUCCAGGAGGAAGCACAGCUAGAAUAGCCACAAUGGGUGCAUUCAACAUGUCUUAAUACUAUUGUUAGCAAGGGCUGCAAGCCUUUCUUGUCUUGAGAGGGUACUUCCAGCACAUCAGUAGGAGAUACUGGCCUCUUCCCAGAGGGCAGAAUAAAUAUGGUGAUUCCAAGAACAGAAACUACUGGCAAGCCCAUUGCAAAGGCAGCUAACAGCUCAGUAUUGGGACCCUUUAUUACAAUCUUGCAGACUGAAGGCUACAUGAGUGAACAGGAUGGAAGUCAGAGACCUCCACUCAGCAGAAUUGACUCUUUCGGAAAUAGCUUCAAAGUCCUAUACUGCACGUGGUGCAGAGAUGGACACCUUAUCCAAGACUGUGGAGGAAAGAAAUAUCACCCACCCUAACACAAUUCGACUCAGAUUCUCUGCUCUAAUGACAUAUGCUCUGUUAAUAGGGAAAGGUAGUAAUAAAAACAAAUGGCAAUUUAU